CGCGCCCGCGCCGAUGUGUGUGAGUGCGUGUCCUGCUCUCUCCAUGUUGCAGCCUCUCCCGGUACCUGCUGCUGCUCCCGGGGCUGCGGGAAAUGCGAGAGGCUGAGCCGGGGAGGAGCAACCCGAGCAGCAGCGGCGGCGGCGGCGGCGGCCGCGGCGGCGGGAGGAGCCCCCCAGGAGGAGGACCGGGAUCCAUGUGUCUUUCCUGGUGACUAGGAUGUCGUCGGAGGAGGACAGGAGCGCGGAGCAGCCGCAGCCGCCGCCACCACCCCCCGAGGAGCCCGGAGCCCCGGCCCCGAGCCCCGCAGCCGCAGACAAAAGACCUCGGGGCCGGCCUCGCAAAGAUGGCGCUUCCCCUUUCCAGAGAGCCAGAAAGAAGCCUCGAAGUAGAGGAAAAACUACAGUGGAAGAUGAAGACAGCAUGGAUGGGCUGGAGACAACAGAACCAGAAACCAUUGUGGAAACAGUGGAUCACUAAAGGAGUACUGAUCGAAACCCCGCUGCAAUUUGGCUCCUGGCUUUGAAUUCAUUUGGCACUCUCUUAGGAACCCUGAUGGCAUCAAUGUAAGCACGAGGAUCAAGGGAGCCUCUAUGGUUGGCUGCAGUGUUGGUGUCUAUGUCCCUCCUUUUUCUAGAUGUUGUGGCAUGGGCUGGGGAAUAAAUGCUAGGGGGAAAGGGAUUGCUAGCUGCACCAAAGCACAGGUGCCUCCCCAGUUACCUGGGAGAGUCUCAAGUAAAGGUCCUCCACAGAACCACCAGACAUCGGCUCUGCCCACCAAGAGUGUGGACUGGUUUGUGAGGCUGUUGAAGGACCGGCUUUUACUGCAGUCUAUUGGAUUUCCCACAUUUGUCAAUCAUCCCAUCUGGUGAGACAUGAGGUAUAGUUAACGUCUAGGGUGGGUGGCCUAAUAGUCCUUGGGGGCUGACCUGCAGGACCCCUGACCUUUGGGAACAGUAGUGAUAGCAUCUGGCAGGAUUUGUUGCCCCAGGCCUUGGCAUCCUGAAAUAGCCAACAUGCAAUAUAUUCCAUCUGGACCUGAGGACCAUCAUAAUGAAAAUGGGACCACUUGAGACUCUGGUCUCCCAGUAGUACAAACA